ACAGACAUGUCCUGCUGUAGCCCGUGCCAGCCCUGCGGCCCCACCCCGCUGGCCAACAGCUGCACUGAGCCCUGUUGCAGGCAGUGCCAGAGCUCCACCAUCGUCAUCCAGCCCUCCGCCGCAGUGGUGACCCUGCCCGGCCCCAUCCUCAGCUCCUUCCCGCAGAACACCGUUGUGGGCUCCUCCACCUCCGCUGCCGCCGGCAGCAUCCUCAGCAGCCAGGGAGUGCCCAUCUCCUCCGGGGGCUUUGACCUCUCCUGCCUUACCAGCGGCUACUGUGGCAGCAGGUGCCGCCCCUGCUAA